UGCGCCUACGUCUGUAAGAUUCGACAAGAGGGCACUACGAUCCAAAAUAAAAGAAGCUCAGCUUUUCCUCAAUCGAAACUGGAAAAACUGUUUUGUUUUCAUAAAUAGAGGAAGAUAGAAAAAAAUUUUCCCUUGCCCAUCGUCAAACACGCUGCUUCAUGGACGGUGAAGAAGUCAUCGAGUUCUUGGGUUGUGUUCCUUUGUUGCAGAGGCUACCCAGUUCUUCUCUCAAGAAAAUCGCUGAAGUUGUCAUUGUUGAACGCUACGAGAAAGGAGAGUAUAUUAUUCGUGAUGGGGAAAUUGGGAAGGGAAUUUAUUUCAUAUGGGAAGGACAGGCUGAAGUUAAUGGAUCAGUUCAUGCUGAGGAAGAAGAUCGUCCUGAAUUUCAGUUGCAACGAUAUGAUUACUUUGGUCACGGUACAUCUACAUUUUUUCAGCAGGGAGAUGUAAUUGCUUUGACCAAGCUGACCUGCUUAGUGCUGCCUCAUGAACAUUGCACUUUACUUCAAACAAAAUCUAUCUGGAGUGCAGACAAGACGAAUGAUACAUGCUCACUCAUGGAGAGAAUAUUGCACUUGGAACCUAUAGAAGUGAAUCUGUUCCAAGGGAUUACAUUGCCAGAUGCUCCAAAAUUUGGGAAGGUUUUUGGAGGACAGUUUAUUGGACAGGCUCUAGCUGCAGCAUCAAAAACUGUUGAUUGUCUUAAACUUGUCCAUAGCUUUCAUUGCUAUUUUCUUCUGAUUGGGGAUUUAGACAUGCCGAUUAUAUACCAAGUUCACCGUGUACGAGAUGGCAAUAGCUUUGCAACCAGAAGAGUAGAUGCAAUACAAAAGGGAAAUAUUGUAUUCACCCUGCUUGCUUCAUUUCAAAAAGAAGCAAAGGGGUUUGACCACCAGCAAACAGCCAUGCCAUCAGUGACACCUCCAGAAAUGCUUCUGUCAUUGGAUGAGAUACGUGAGAGACGCAUAAUUGAUCCUCGCCUUCCUAGGAGUUACCGAAACAAGGUUGCCACAUCAGAAUUUGUCCCUUGGCCCAUAGAGAUGAGGUUUUGUGACCCUAACAAUAACACUAAUCAGACUAAAUCUCCUCCAAGUUUGAAGUAUUGGUUCAGAGCAAAAGGAAAACUUUCCGAUGAUGAGGCUUUGCACAGAUGUGUGGUAGCCUUUUCUACAGAUUUAUUAUUCAGUUCAGUGAGUUUGAACCCUCACCGUAAAAAGGGUUUAAGAUUGUCUUCUCUCAGUCUGGAUCACUCGGUGUGGUUUCACCGGUCGUUUAGAGCUGAUGACUGGUUGUUGUUUGUGAUUGUGAGCCCUAUUGCUGGCAAUGGACGUGGCUUUGUUAUAGGAGAAAUUUUUAAUAGAAAGGGAGAGCUUGUUGUAACAGUAACUCAAGAGGCUUUACUCAGGACUCAUAGGACCCCGAAUUCAGCAUCUAUAUCAAAGUUGUGAACACAAUACACAAAUGUUAGAAUAAACGCAGUCAUUUUUGAGAUUUGUCAGGCUCUGCAAUUUUGUUUGUUGUAUCUUGCAUUUUACGAAAGCUAUUCAUGUAUCACGUAAUAUGUCUUAACAAAAUGCUAAUAUCAGGACUGGUACGGCAAUUAUCUCACUGUCAAUUGUUUUAGACUGUAGUAUUGCUAUUAUAUGAACAUGUAAUUGUCUAAUUUUAUAAAUGAUAUUCCAAAGAAUGUGUUCAA